AUGUCAACAAAUAAAAAAAUAAAAACAGAUAAUAAUAAUAAAAUAUUUCAAGAUAUUAUUGAUUUUGAAAUUUUAAAAUCUAUAAUCGAUUAUUUAUUAACCAGCAAAAAAAAUAAAAAUAAUAAUAAUAUUAAUAAUAAUCAAUAUAUAAUUAAAAAAUUUUAUUUAUAUAGAGAUGAAAUAUUAAAUUAUAUAUUAGUUUCAAAAAAGUGGUAUAAUUUUAUAUCAUUUACAAUAUCAAAUAAUAUUAUUAAUAAUAAACUAUUUGAACAUUGGUUAAAAACUAAUUUUAGUAAUAAUUCAUUUAUUGAAAAUUAUAAUAAUCAAAAUCAAUAUGAUAAAAAUAAUUUAAUUUAUAAUAACAUAGAAGAUAAACAAUAUAAAAUUAGUUUUAAUAAAGAAUUUUCAAUUAUAAAAAUCAAAGAAUCAAUAAUCAAUGAUUAUUUUAAAUUCAAUUUAUUUUUAGAUCAUUUUACGAUUGACGAUGAUUUUAAAGAAAUUAAAAAUAAAUUUGAAAAAAAUCAAUUACUUUAUCAUAGAAUUGUAGUUAGUGUUGAUACUGAUAAUUAUGGGUUUCCUAGUGAUAUUUUAUUUACAAUACAUGAAUAUGUAUCAAAUGAAAAUUCAGAAAUCAUAUCAAAUUUAUUUAAAAUAUUAGAAUUAAAUUUUGAUUUUUGGUUGGAUUACGGAUAUUGUCCACGUUCUGAAGAGGAGGAUGAUGAAGGUAAUAAAAAAUGUAGAGAAAUAUAUUUAAAUAAUUUAUCAAUUGCUGGUUAUAAUAGAGAAGUAGGUGAAGAUGAAGAAACAUUAAAGAUAUUCAAAAUUUUCAAAAGUAAAAAUAUAAUUUAUGAUGGAUCCAAUAUUGAUGAAAGUGAUACUCCAACACAUAUCGAUUAUUCAACAUUAUUCGAUCCAGAUAAUUCAGGUCAACAAGUUGAAUCAAUUAAAGUAAAAAAUGAAUAUGGUAAUGAAGCACGUCAUUUAAUCAAACUUAAUCAAUUUAAAAAUUUACAUUCAAUUACAAUACCAAUUAAUUCAUUUCAAAUAUUAUCAAACUUAUCUGAAGAAAUGGGAUUUUGUAAGUUAUAUCGUACGAUAUAUUCAGGUGAUUCAGAUAAUAUGAAAUCAGAAUUAAAUCAAAUGAUUAAUUCAUUCAUUACAAAUAAAUCUUUAAAGUAUUUAAAUAUAUCAUCUGUAAAUUCAAUAUACACUCUUCCAAUUAAAAAUUAUGAUGGAGGUUAUCAUGAAAUUUUUUUUAAUAAAAUAAAUAAAACUAUAGAAUCAUAUUCAAAUUCAUUUAAACCAUUAUUUUCAGAAUUAAAUACAUCGAUUGAAAGAAUUGAAUUUGAUUGUAUGGGUUUAUUAAAUAAUAAAUCAAUUAAAUAUUUAUAUUUAUAUGAUAGUGAUUUCAUUGUUUAUUCAUCAAAACAAAAAGGUAAUGUUAGUGGUAUUCGAUUACAUAAAGAACAUAUUUCAAUUAAUCAAUAUUUAUUUGAUAAUAUAUUUUCAUCACCAUUAACAUCAAUUAGACAUUAUAAAAUUAAAUUCAUAGAAUUAAAUCAAAUCAAAUUCUUAUUUAAUUUAAUAUUAAAUAAUAUUUUUAAAUUACAAUUAUAUUCAUUAAUAUUUGAAUUCAAUGAUAGCGAAUUAAUUGGUGAAUUUGUUAAAGAAUUUAAAAACUUAAUAAAUAAUAUUUCAACACAAGAACAACAAAAAUCAAAUAACAUAAAUUUAAAAGAAAUUAAGAUUAAAAUUCAAGAUGUUAAUAUUGAUAAAUAUAUUCAAGAAUUAAAUAAUAUUAACAAUCCAUAUUUUACAACAAUAAUAAAGAAAAAAGCUAAUAAUGAUGAUUAA